UUAUGGAGCCAGACUUUCUAUACAUGGAAUAGAAAUGAAAAUGAACAUCAAUUCAAGGUUAUAAGAUUUUUAGAGGAUUACAAAGCUCUCAAGCCAAGCAGAUAUUCUUAUGCAGAUAUUAAGAGGAUUACAAAUGAAUUCAAGGAAAAGCUGGGUGAAGGAGCCUAUGGAACUGUUUUUAAAGGAAGUCUCUCUUCUGAAUUCUUUGUUGCUGUCAAAGUCCUAAAUAAUUCUAAGGGAAAUGGGGAAGAGUUUUUCAAUGAAGUGGGAGCAAUGGGUCAUAUCCACCAUGUCAACGUGGUUCGAAUGGUUGGCUUUUGUGCUGAUGGAUACAGAAGAACUCUUGUUUAUGAGUACUUCCCCAAUGGUUCAUUACAAGAUUUCAUUUCCUCAGCAGACAAUAAGAAUGGUUUCCUUGGUUGGGAUAAGUUGAAAGAUAUUUCUCUAGGAAUAGCCAAAGGAAUUGAAUAUCUCCACCAAGGAUGUGAUCAACGAAUCCUCCAUUUUGAUAUCAAACCUCAUAAUGUUUUCCUAGACCACAACUUCACUCCAAAAAUUUCUGAUUUUGGUUUGGCCAAGUUAUGUUCCAAGGAUCAAAGUAUUGUGUCAAUGACUACGGCUAGGGGCACCAUGGGCUACAUUGCACCUGAAGUUUUCUCCAGAAAUUUUGGAAAUGUGUCUUACAAGUCUGAUGUCUAUAGCUUCGGAAUGUUGUUGCUGGAGAUCGUUGGAGGUAGGAAGAAUAUUGGUCCCACCAUUAAUGAUGCUAGUGACAUUUACUAUCCAGAGUGGAUCUAUAAUCUCCUAGAAGGAGGACAAGACUUGCGUAUGGAUAUUGGCGAAGAAGGAUCAGAUUCUACAAUUGCAAAAGAAUUGGCGAUUGUGGGACUUUGGUGCAUACAAUGGCACCCGGUGGAUCGUCCAUCCAUGAAAGUAGUGGUUCAUAUGUUGGAAGGAAGAGAAAACUUAAGUAUGCCGCCUAAUCCUUUUGGCUCUACAGGUCCUACUAGAACAAAUGCAAUUCUCCCAGCUUUACGACGCUUGAACCUUGAGUUAGAAGCAAUUGCUGAAUUAGAGUAAAACUUGUACAACUAUUUGUAACUUUGUAUGCAUUGAAACUUUGAAAGUCAAUCAUUUACGAGUUCGGCUUUAAACUAAGGAACUUUUACU